AUGGACAAAAGGUCCGCGGAAAGUCCUAUGGACUUUGAGUGGCAGACCCGUGCCCCCGGGGACGUCACUUCGCCUUUCUAUCAGCUCAGCAUGCAGCAUGACAACCAGAAGAAACGUCCCCAUAGUAUUUUCGAUUCCCCGCCCAAGAAACAGAUGCCCGCGCUGCGUGAACCCCACUCGCAACCCUUCCUCUUCUCCCAGCAACCUCAACAUCAACAACCCCCUAGUACCCCCAAAUCGGUCUUCGGCAAAUCGGCCGCCUUCAUGACCCCUCGCAAGUUCGACCUCGAUUUUUCCUCCGGCCCUGAGAAUAUGUCAUCCCCGGAAUGUGCGGACAACGAGGACACCCCCGAACCGCCGACCAAGUCGGGACAUCGCAACUCGCUGUUCAACAUGUACGGACGGUUUGCGCCGAGCCCUGGACGAGGCGAGAUCCCUCGCAUUAACCACUAUUCGAAUGCGUUGGCGCGACGGGUACAUAAGCGGAGACGCAGGGAUAAAGCGCUGGAUCUGAAGUUGCGAAGGGAGGGCAGUGAGGAUGAAGACGACAGUGACCACGACCGACCGGGCAGCAGGGAGGAGCAGUCGCUGCAGAGAAAGUCGUCGAAGCGAGGACAAGCCCAGAAUGGGAUGAAGGUUCAGCAACCCGCGAGUCGGGGCUCGUCGUUUUCGGAGUUCUUUACCCUGUUGGAGGCGCAUCCCAACAUCCCGAGCAUUCUGUCCUGGUGGGCGCAGUUGCUGGUGAAUCUGGUACUGUUUUCGAUUACUGUCUACGUGGUCUUUGGAUUUGUGUCGACGAUUCGCUCCGAGUUUGAACAGGCUGCCGAGGAGGUGUCGGAUGGCAUUCUGGCUGAAAUGGCGACGUGUGCUAGGAACUAUGUUGAUAAUAAGUGUGGUGGCCACGAUCGACUUCCGGCCUUGGAGACGGUCUGCGAGAACUGGGAGCGCUGCAUGAACCGGGACCCGGCUAAAGUGGGACGCGCCAAAGUGUCAGCGCAUACGAUGGCGGUCAUCAUCAAUAGCUUCAUCGAUCCUAUCAGCUGGAAGGCUAUUCUGUUCUUCCUCGCCACUAUCUCUACCGUUACCGUUGUCAGCAACUGGUCCUUCCGUUCGUUCAGAAAGAACCGCAUGCAUCAGCAACAGUACCCAUCGGCCCAUAACUAUCCUCAGGUGCCUCCUACCCACCACAACCCGAUCAUCGGCUACCAGGGACAUACCUCGAGCCUUGAUCGCAAACAAGAAAACCCAUUCCUGAUCGAACAUUCCCAAACGUGGUCGUGA